AUGGCUCCAUGGUUGGCGGAUACAGAUCCGGCGCUCAACGCAUUAUCAAAAACAGCCCCCAAGCUCAUCUCCGCCGAGCCUGAACACUGCCCCGGCCCCGAGUCCGACCAAGCAGGCAAGAGCGAUGCAUGCAACGGUUGUCCCAACCAAGCCAUCUGCGCCGCCGCUCCUAAGGGGCCCGAUCCUGACAUCCCAGUAAUAACCGCCCGCCUUUCCUCAAUCCGACAUAAAAUCCUCGUCUUGUCAGGAAAAGGCGGGGUGGGGAAGUCGACAUUCUCCUCACUGCUCGCGCAGGCGUUCGCGUCAAACCCGGCCUCGACCGUCGGCAUCAUGGACACGGAUAUCUGCGGGCCGUCGAUCCCGAAAAUGAUGGGGGUUGAGGCCGAGACAAUCCACAUCACCAACGCGGGCUGGAAUCCCGUGUGGGUGUCGGACAACCUCUCCGUGAUGAGCGUGCAGUUCAUGCUACCAAACCGUGACGAUGCGGUGAUAUGGCGCGGCCCGAAGAAGAAUGGGCUCAUCAAGCAGUUUCUGAAGGAUGUUGAGUGGGGGGAGCUAGAUUACCUGAUCGUCGAUACCCCGCCGGGCACAUCGGACGAGCAUCUUUCGGUGAACUCGUUCUUGAAGGAAUCAGGGGUCGACGGGGCGGUGGUGGUGACUACACCACAGGAGAUGUCGUUGUUGGAUGUGAGGAAGGAGAUUGACUUUUGCCGCAAGGCCGGGAUUCGCAUCCUGGGGCUCGUGGAAAAUAUGUCCGGUUUUGUCUGCCCGAAGUGUACGCAUGAGUCUCAGAUCUUCCGUGCUACGACAGGUGGCGGUGCGAGGCUGGCGAAGGAAAUGUGUAUCCCGUUCUUGGGCGCUGUGCCGCUGGACCCGAGGGUGGGGAUGGCCUGCGAUUUUGGGGAGAGCUUCAUGGACAAUUUCCCUGACAGCCCUACGUCUGCUGCAUUGAAAGAGGUGGUGAGAAGCAUUGGGAAACUUGUCGGGGAAGAUCCUGAUGAAAUUCUUCCUAAUGCUGGAAGAACUUAG